CCUUCCCUCUUUUACCUACGGUGGCCGGACAGGACUAAUACGCCGGGUUGCACUGCAUGUACCAUGUGCGCUCUGUUGUCAUUGAAACGAGCAAGUUAGCGACAAUACUUAAGCUCUCAUUUUUACCGCUUACCCUGCUUAUUAUUAGCACGAAAUGGGGUCCGAAAGAAACGGGAAUAAAGACGAAGAUUGCUUGUUUCUGGAGCAUGUUUUGGACAAGCUUUAUGACUUUGGAUCAGGACCAAAAAAGAAGUCUCAGAAGAAGAAAAAACGAAAAAGAUGCGAAGAUUGGGAGGAAGAAGAGGAGCUCCCUGCAGUGAAGGAUAUAUGCAGUGACACUGAAGACUACAAAGCAGAGCAACAUGAUGCUGAGCAGCAGCAACAACGAAAGGCUGAGCAAACGGCCUUCGAGCAAGUGAACCAGGUGGAGGUAGUCACAUUUCAAGACCCCACAAAGAAAAGAAGAAAGUCAACACCAGACCCCAACAAAACACCUGCCCUUCACAUAGCAGAAAAGGAGCAAAGCGACCAGCUAGGAGAACUCAAUUUGGAAAAGGCUCGUCUGGAAGUCCAUCGGUUUGGAAUUACAGGCUAUAAGAAGGCGGAGCAGCGUGUUUUUGAACAGGACAGAGCGGUCAUGUUGGGAGCCAGACCUCCUAAAAAGGAAUAUGCGAACUAUAAGAUACUUCAGCAGCAAAUCAAAGAGAAGAAAGAGAAGGAAAAGGAGGAGGCUCAGCUGGGCCUGAAGAAAAAGAAGAAGAGUAAACAGAGAAACAGGAAGACAACUGUACCCUCGGGUCCUGGCGCAGCCCCCUCUGGUCAGGUGGGCCGCUUCAAGAACGGCAUGCUGCUCCUCAGCUCCAAGGAGAUCCAGAAGAUCAAAGGCAACAAGUGAGGAAUUUGAAUCCUACAGAAUGGAAAAUGCAGACCAGCAUGUUAUGGAGAGGAAGUGGACACAAUAGACAUUUCCUGAUAAUAUGUCACUGUCUGGGAGGGAUGGUGUUACUGGUGACUAUUGUGUCAGAAAUUCAGUGGAUUGAUCUUCGACUGUGCAUCAUGGACAAGUCUUAAAGCACAUAACUGGAGACUGAAUACUGUCAAAUCAUCUUCCAUCACAGUUUAUUUAUUUUGUUUUUAUAAAUGACAAAAAAGAGACAUUUGUGUAUCUUGUGUUGUACACUGACAGUUUUAAAA